AAAAAAAAAUCCAGCAUUGAGGCAAAGUAUGGUAUAUAAGAAAGCAAUGCUUUCACAUCUGCACACUGUAACAGCUUCUGCUGAUCAAGCUCCUUGAAAGACGAAAAGAAAGGCAAGCUUCCAAACUAGGAUGGAUCCACGUGGGGUGAAGUGGAAAUUAUUUGCUGUCAGUGUGCUGCUGUUCACGUUGUACCCCAUUUACACUUCUACUGUCAGCCUGAAGGAGCAUCUGGCUGAUUGUCUGGAGGACAAAGACUACAAUGUGCUGCUGCAGACUGUGCAGACCGGCCUCCCACACAUAAAUACAUCUCACCAUGUUGUUAUCGUUGGAGCUGGCGCGGCUGGACUGACGGCUGCCAAGUUACUGCAAGAUGCAGGUCACAAGGUCACCAUAUUGGAGGCUAGCGGCCGUGUCGGAGGACGGGUAGAGACCUACAGAAAUGAAAAAGAGGGCUGGUAUGCUGAGCUGGGAGCCAUGAGGAUCCCAAGUUAUCACCGCAUUGUCCGCUGGUUUGCUGAUGAGCUGGGAGUCAAGCUGCAAAAUUUCACCAUGGAUGACCCCAACACCUUUUACCUGGUUAAUGGGUUGCGGAAGAGGACUUACGCCGUAAAAGCAAACCCUGAUAUCCUGAAUUACAAUGUGCGGAGAAGUGAGAAAGGGAAGUCAGCUGACGAGCUGCUACAGCAAGCUUUGCAGAAGGUGAAAGAUGAGGUGGAGGCUCAUGGCUGCUGGGCUGCACUGACAAAAUAUGACCAUUACUCUGUGAAGGAGUAUCUGAAAAAAGAAGGUGGGCUGAGUGGAGAAGCGCUGAGGAUGAUCGGAGACUUACUCAAUGAACAGAGCCUCAUGCACCUGGCGCUGACUGAGAUGAUCUACAUCCAGAGCGACGUCAGCGACAGCACUAAGUACUAUGAAGUGACCGGUGGGUCAGACCUCCUGACCACAGCUUUUCUCAAUGUCCUUGAUGUCCCCAUCCUCCUCAACUCUAAGGUCAAACACAUCCACCACUCACAUAAGGGUGUAACUGUCUCUUACCAGACAGGCCAAAAUGCCUCUUUAAAAGACCUUUCUGCUGACGUCGUUCUUGUAACAACCACGGCCAAAGCAGCCCUUUUCAUGGACUUUGAUCCACCUCUCUCCAUCAGAAAGAUGGAAGCCCUGAGGGGGGUCCACUAUGAAAGCUCCACUAAAAUCAUCCUCACCUUUAACGAGACGUUCUGGGAGAAAGAUGGAAUCCAUGGAGGAAAGAGCAUCACAGAUGGCCCCUCUCGUUUCAUAUACUACCCCAGCCACAGUUUCCCAAAAAAUAAGACCAUCGGCGUCCUCCUGGCUUCCUACACCUGGUCUGAUGACUCCCUUCUCUUCCAAGGAGCGAGUGAUGAAGACUUGAAAGAGCUGGCUCUGAGAGAUUUGACAAAGAUCCACGGCGAGCAAGUCAGGGAUAGAUGGAGAGAGGUGGUGGUAAAGAGGUGGAGCGUGGAUCCUUACAGCUUGGGCGGCUUCGCUCUCUUCACACCCUACCAACAUUUAGAGUACGCCAAGGAGCUCUUCAGAAGUGAAGGCAGGGUGCACUUUGCUGGUGAACACACAGCCUUCCCUCACGCUUGGAUCGAGACAUCUAUGAAAUCUGCAAUCAGGGCUGCUACCAACAUUAACAAAGCUGCACUCAAAGAUUCAGCUAGAACUCAACACCACAGUGAGCUGUAGGGUCCUAAAUGUGCUUUCCAGGACAGUCAGAUUGAGAGUAGGAAUGAUAGUGUCAGAUAUGUGACUUUAUCCCGUAUGUUACAUUUGUCAUGAGGCAUAUUGAUAAACGACGCAUUAGUUGUCUGUGUAUGUAUUGUGUUUAUGUUUAGGUAUAUGAGAAAAUGAGAUGAUACAACUCAAGGUUUUACCCUGAAAUAAAUUCAAUUCAAUUCAAUAUGUAGUUCAGAAAGUAAAGAGGGAGAAAAAUUACACAGAAGUGUAACCUAUUUCUUUGUGGACUGCAUUACUUGCUUUAAUCGUGAGGCCCAUUGUGAUCAUUUUUCCACCAUGCAAAUCUAAUCCACAUCAAAUAAGUCGAUGAAAGAUGGCUUGUUCUAGGCAACAGAAUAAUCUGGUGUCAUUCACUUUCUUUAUUGGCUUGAUCGAUAACUGUACUUACAUUAGUGUAAACUCGUAACACUUUUCUGACACAUAGUUUUCUCAGGAUACAAACCAACUACUACAAACGUGUUACAAGGAACAUGUCAAAGUUGUUUAUACAGUUAAUAAGUUAAUUUAUGUUCUCAUGUUAGUUAUUUUGUAAUCUAGAUAUUUUAUUGUCCCAAAUUUGUAAUUGGUGCUCAGAAUUACAUAAUUUGCUUUCUAU